ACAAAUCUGUGGAAACGGGUGACUUUAUCUUACCGUGCAUUUUCUCCGAGCAAAGUAGGGGAAAAUAUCUCAGUUGUAUCACUACGGAAGGAACCCAAUUGGGGAAAAGUGGGGAAGAAAUAAACAAAGAAACCCGCCCAUCUGAGAUAUCCGAUCGAAUCGUUGUCUUCACUGGUAAAUGUUAAUGGUUAUUAUUAUAAGAAAGCAGAAGUAGAAGCGUUGCAGGUUGCACUGGCUUUUGAAGUGGCAGAUCCAAGAGCCUGCAACAUGGCGAGGAAUUCUAGUUUGUGCGCCCCCAUGGAGUUACUGCGGUCGGAGGAGAUGAAUUUGGUGCAGCUCAUUAUUCCUGUCGAGUCUGCCCACGCCACCAUUUCGAAUCUCGGGGAACUCGGCCUUGUUCAAUUUAAGGACCUUAAUGCAGACAAAAGCCCAUUUCAGCGAACUUAUGCUAAUCAGGUUAAACGAUGUGGGGAAAUGGCUCGUAAAAUGCGUUUUUUCAGAGAACAAAUGAGUAAAUCUGGUUUAUCACCUUCUACAAGGCCUGCUUUGCAUCCACAUAUCGAGUUGGAUGAUCUUGAAGUAAAGCUUGGUGAGCUUGAAAAAGAACUUCUGGAAAUCAAUUCAAAUGGUGAAAAGCUCCAGCGAGGUCACAGUGAACUUCAAGAGUUUAAGCUUGUUCUGCAAAAGGCUGGUGCUUUCUUCUCAUCAGCUCGGAGCGAUGCAGCUGCACAACAGAGAGAAAUAGAAGACUCCUCAUAUGUUGCAGAAGAAUCCAUGGAUAGUCCCUUGUUACUAGAACAGGAAAUGCUGACAGAGCCUUUGAAGCAAGGAAGGCUAGGAUUUAUUAGUGGUCUUGUUCCUAAAGUGAAGGCGAUACCAUUUGAAAGGAUUCUGUUCCGUGCUACAAGAGGUAAUAUGUACCUAAAGCAGGCUGUGGUUGAGGAGCCAGUAACUGAUCCCGUCUCAGGGGCAAAGGUUGAGAAAAUUGUUUUUGUUAUAUUUUUUUCUGGAGAGCGUGCCAGGGCUAAAAUACUGAAAAUAUGUGAUGCCUUUGGAGCAAAUCGCUAUCCUUUUCCUGAAGAAUUCAGUAAACAAAGGCAAAUGAUUGGAGAGGUAUCUGAAAGGCUUGCUGAGCUACAAAUCACAAUUGAUGCUGGCAUUCGUCAUCGAGAAAAUGUGAUGACAACAAUUGGAUACCAGUUUGAACAGUGGAAUCUUUUGGUGAGAAAGGAGAAAUCUGUUUAUCAUACUCUUAAUAUGCUUAGCAUUGAUGUUGCAAGAACAUGUCUAGUUGCUGAGUGUUGGUGCCCUGUAUUUGCAAAAUCUCAGAUUCUUGAUGCAUUGCAGCGUGCAACAUUUGAUAGUAAUUCGCAAGUUGGAACUAUAUUCCAAGUGCUUUAUACAAAAGAGUUGCCACCCACAUAUUUCAGGACUAACAAAUUCACGACUGCUUUCCAAGAAAUUGUUGAUGCAUAUGGUGUGGCCAAGUACCAAGAGGCAAAUCCCGGAGUAUUCACAAUUGUUACAUUUCCAUUUUUGUUUGCUGUUAUGUUUGGUGACUGGGGCCAUGGCAUAUGUUUAUUACUUGCAACCCUGGUGCUCAUAUUCAGAGAAAAAAAGCUUGGUAGUCAGAAACUUGGAGACAUAAUGGAGAUGGCAUUUGGAGGUCGCUAUGUAAUUCUGAUGAUGGCAAUCUUCUCAAUUUACACUGGACUUAUCUACAAUGAGUUUUUUUCAGUUCCAUUUAAUAUUUUUGGUCUAUCUGCCUAUUCCUGCCGUGAUCCUUCUUGCAGGGAUGCUUAUACGAUAGGGUUGGUAAAGACUCGUGAAGCAUAUCCAUUUGGAGUUGAUCCAGCAUGGCAUGGCAGUAGAUCUGAGUUGCCAUUUCUGAACUCGUUAAAAAUGAAGAUGUCCAUAUUGAUUGGAGUUGCACAGAUGAAUUUGGGAAUUAUCUUGAGCUAUUUCAAUGCAAAGUUCUUCAGUAAUAAUCUCAACAUCUGGUACCAAUUUGUGCCACAGAUAAUUUUUUUGAAUAGCCUGUUUGGCUAUCUUUCACUCCUCAUUAUUAUUAAGUGGUGUACUGGUUCCCAAGCUGAUCUUUAUCAUGUAAUGAUAUACAUGUUCUUAAGCCCAACAGAUGAACUGGGUGAAAAUCAACUUUUCUGGGGACAGAAGACAGUCCAGAUGGUGCUGCUACUGUUGGCUCUUGUCGCAGUUCCUUGGAUGCUUCUUCCAAAGCCUCUGCUUUUGAAGAGACAACAUGAUCAGAGUCUUCAAGGACGUGCGUAUCAUGCUCUUCGAACUUCAGAAGCAGAUUCUUUUGAUAUGGAUCAUGAGGUUGACUCUGAACACGAGGAAUUUGAGUUCAGCGAGAUUUUUGUUCACCAGAUGAUACAUACAAUAGAAUUUGUAUUGGGUGCAGUGUCCAAUACUGCAUCUUAUCUUAGGCUAUGGGCACUUAGCUUGGCACAUGCAGAACUAUCAACUGUAUUUUAUGAAAAGGUGCUGCUUCUCGCCUGGGGAUAUAACAACAUUUUCAUUCUCAUUAUUGGAUUUCUUGUGUUUGCCUUUGCAACCAUUGGUGUAUUGCUUGUGAUGGAAACUCUCAGUGCAUUUCUUCAUGCUCUACGUCUUCACUGGGUUGAGUUCCAAAACAAGUUCUACGAGGGUGAUGGUUACAAAUUUGAGCCUUUCUCAUUUGCAGUACUUGUUGACCAAGAGGAUUGAUAUUAGUACUUGUUGAGCCCUUCUUUGACAGGUAUUUGGUUAUUGUAUUUUAUUAUCAUUGAAAAUGAUUUGUCAUCAUUGAAGGUGAUAAUGAAGGGUUCUGAUGUUGCAAUCUCCAACAGAUCCAUUGUUGGCUGUAAGAGACAUCACCAAAGUUCUUUUUCCAACAAGUUGUGAAUAAAUUGAUGUGCAUUGCAUCAGGAUAUAUUGUAUAGAAUAUAUUUAAUCUGUCCUCACCUACUGAUAAUUUAAGAAUCUGAACCGUUGUUGGUGAAUCAUUUUUUGUCAGAUGUACUUAGAAAUUAACUCUCUUUUACCUUUGUUGAUUGAGGAUAAAAUUCAUGAUUCAGAUUCUUCAUAAAAAAUGAUAGGAUCUCCUAGUGUCAUGCCUUCAUCUCUAGGACGGAUGCCUAAUGCUGUUGAGAAUGUAAGCUAUUUUAAAUAAAUUGGUUUGAAGAGGUUAAACCUGCUUUUUCA